AUGUCUCGAAGAAAGUAUGGGCCAUUGGUUGAUAGAGAUCUGGAGAGGCAAAAAAAGUUGAAUGACCUGUACAAUUCGACCGAUAAAAAUUGCAUCAGUCAGCUCCAGACGACGGGGCCGCUGCGCAGUGGGUUUGAUGAUGUGAACAAACAAGUGAUGCUCUCCCAAUCUACUCUAGAUGGCUUAUCGGCCAAUGAUCGUGGAAUUCUCUCUAAACCGAUUCAGUUCUACGACAAGUUGAAGGAAUUAUUUAGUGGCUCGUCGGCAGAUGGCUCUUUUAUGCAAGACCCUUUCUCUGCAGCUGAAACUGACAAUGAUGAUAAGGUAAAAGAUGACAUGAUGAAUGAUAUGUCCACCUUUGUUGAAGCGAAGGGUCCAACAGGUCAUGACUCGGAUAAAUUAGAUACAGAUAGUGAUGAUUGUGAAGCGGUGGCUGCUCUUGCUGCAACUGAUAGUCAAGUUUCCUCGUCCAAUGUUGCGGCUCUAAAGCCUAACAAGAAAAGUUUCAAAAAAAGUGCAAAGCCAAAUACUCUGCCACCACCACAAAAUGAUAAAGCUAAAAGGUCAAAGCCAAGAUCAUCUCAAGCAUCACAAGAUGACACUAAUAUGGAUGUGCUGCUCACAAGUACUUUGAUGGGCAUACGAGAAACCCUUGCAAGUCCAGUACAGACGGUAGCCCCAAAGGACCCGAAUGCUCCUUUAUGGGACAUGCUCAAGAAGAUUCCGUUGCCACCUGAUGAGAGGAUGUCGGUCGGGAUGCAUCUAUGCAAGCCAGAAUUUGCAGUCCAUCGAGGUUUUCUUGUCAGCAUGGGUCAAGAAUACCUAGAGCGUUGGGUGUAUACAUACUUAUCUGACAAUUAUCCUACUGGCAAACGUGUCGGCAAUGAUCUUGUUGGUAACCUUGGAAACAAAGAUCCUGCUAGUAACCUUAGCGAUGAUCCUGUUGUUAACUCUACCCCUUUCUGA